AAUUAACAAUAUUUUCUAAAAAUACUUACGAUCCAAGUUUUUCUAAUUCAACCUUUGUCGCAUUUCUAUGUUCUUUGUUUCACGACCUGUCUUUAUCAUAGAUUAUAGUACGAUGACGUCCAUGUUGACUUCGCAGGUGAAAACAUAGAAUCCCUCUUGACAUACCUUCUCAACAAGUCUUUCCAGAUUUACUUAAAUUCGCGUUCUUUUUUUUUGACUGAACGCUUUAUAACAUAUCUAUUCAAUGGCGAACGAGCAUGAUCCUUUGCUGCCAGUGCACGAGCAAGAUGUAAACGAUCAGCCAAACCGCGUCUCAUGGAGAUUGAGAAAGGUGCAUUACAUCCUUCUUUCCGUCACUUUUAUGGCCAUUGGAUUUUUCUUCUUUUUACCGUUUCUGGCCAAAAAGAGAGUAGGGCCCAAACCAAAGUACGCCGUGAUGAUGGUUUCAGAUGGAAUGGGACCUGCUUCUUUAUCCAUGAGUCGAUCGUUUGCUGAGUAUAUUACCGGCGAAAAGGACUAUAUACUUCCACUCGAUAAACACUUAAUUGGAAGCUCUAGAACACGCUCUAGUUCUAGUCUCAUUACAGACAGUGCUGCCGGUGCUACUGCCUUUUCUUGUGCUGCCAAAAGCUAUAACGGAGCGGUGGGUGUUUUAGAUGGUGGUAAAGCAUGUGGAACUAUAUUAGAAGCUGCGAAAGAAUCUGGAUACUUGACUGGUAUGGUCGUCACUAGUAGAAUUACGGAUGCUACGCCUGCUUCGUUCUCUUCUCAUGUUGCCAAUCGCUUUAUGCAGAGUUUAAUUGCCGAGUAUCAAGUGGGUAUGGGUCCCUUGGGACGUACUACGGAUUUAAUGUUUGGUGGAGGACUAUGCUCAUUUCUUCCCAAUUCAAGUUAUCAAUCUUGCCGUGCUGAUGAUUUGGACCUUUUAGAGUAUGCUAAAGCUCAACAAAACUUCCACGUACUUUUGGACAGGGCGGAUUUCGACGAUGCAAAGAAGCAACAACUUCCUUUGUUAGGCUUGUUUUCCGGUCAUCACAUGGAUUAUAAUAUAGAUAGAGACCCCAAGAGCCAGCCUUCUCUUACUGAAAUGGUUGAAUCUGCUCUUGAUACGCUCUACAAAGCUUCUCAAUCUACUGACAAGGGAUUCUUUUUGCUCAUUGAAGGUAGCCGUAUUGAUAUGGCUUCUCACAACAAUGAUCCUGUAGCCCACGUCCACGAUGUGUUAGAAUACAACCGUGCUUUCCAAAAAGCUGCUGAAUUUAUAGAAAGAACUGGAGGAGUUUUAAUAUCUACUUCUGACCAUGAAACUGGUGGACUUACUGUCGGUCGCCAAGUUACUCCGGAGUAUCCAGAGUAUCUAUGGAAGCCAGAAGUCCUUGAACGGGCCAGUCAUUCAUUUGAAUACCUUGCAAAAUCGAUAAUGGUCCACGAAGAGUCCGGACUUCAUUCCUAUAUUGAGAAUUACAUUUUCCCAGCUUUGGGCAUCAAGAAACCCACCCGUAAAAUGGUGAACAGCCUCUAUGCUGCGAAAUCGAAUGUCUUCGAAUUAAUCAAUCGCAUGAGUCUUAUCAUUAGCGAACAGGCACAGAUUGGAUAUACUACACAUGGUCACACGGCGGUAGAUGUGAAUGUGUAUGGAACUGGAGAUGCAGCUCGUGACUUAAAGGGAAAUAUAGAAAAUAUUGAGGUUGGAAAAUACUUAGAAAAGUAUUUAGGAAUCUCAUUAGACCAAGUCACCUCUAAAUUGACUGAUGCUCCCAUAUAUGGUGAUCCAGAUCGUGGCUUUAAGGCAGGUGCAUUUGUACACGAAAUAUUGGAGAAACAUUCUGAAAUGAAUACUACCGAAUAUGAGGAUUACUUGGUAUCGUCCGCUAACAAGGGCAUUUAUGUUUAAUUCUAGACAUUAUAUUUUUUACAAGCUCCGUUUGUUUGGCGUCAGACCUUAAAUAUGUAAUUUCUACAAAGAUUCCUGAUAUGAAUAUUCAUGAUAUAUAAUUUAUUAUAGGCGAGCAAUGUCAUAAUUGAACAUUGAAGAUACGUUUUCUUAAGCAUUUGUUAGUUGAUUUUUCAAAAUCCAUUCAUAGUAAUUUAAAUAAUAAAAUAAUUUAGUGAAUA